UUUUUUCCUUCCGUCGCCCGUCGCCAAGAGGAACAACCAAGUCGACCGAAUCUCUAUGUCUAGCCAGUUCGGUUUUCUCAAGAAAUUUCGCUUAACAAGACAUCCAGCAUACUCGUCUGAUCGCUCUGUCGUUUCAAUAUUCGUCAGUGAUCGUAGCCCCCUCUACCCUUGGAUGAAGAAUACAUCAAGCAGGGUUGCAGCUUAAGCCCCGUAGUGCUAGUAUUUCUUGUGGUUUCUAUUUGCAGGGACUCACUAAACCUGCUCACACCAACACGCAGUUACGUUGCUUCAUUUGUGAUGAGUUCUACUCUUUUUCUGUGUAGGAAGACGUAAUACUUUACUCAACUGCGCUCCAUGGCUCCACCUCUUUCUGCUGGACCUGAAGCUACUUCCCUCGAGGACGAGGCGCAUUACCGGUCUUUAGAGCGAGGGUAUGCUGCAGCGCCGAUUUCCGGGCUCAUAAACCUUCACCGCAUGGCAAUCGGGAAAGGAAAAACAGUCUUGAGGAUGCCGACCACGAACCGCCAAGACCUGUGCCAUACUGGGAAACAGCUUCACGGUUCCGUUUACUUCAAACUUCUCGACGACGCGGCGUAUUUUGCGGCGCAGAGUUACGAGCGCGAGGUGUUUCUGCUGACCACGAGCUUUUCGCUUUACUUAAUGCGCCCGGUGCGACCGGAAGACAAGGGCAUGCAGUUGGAAGCCAGGGGUUUGGUGAUAAACGCGACCACGAAUCUGAUUACAGCGGAAGCGACGCUGUGGAGCUGUGCGGUGCAGGACCAGGAGCCGCAGGGCAGUGCUGCAGAACGCGGCGAAAAGAAAGCACAGGAGGUCAUCGUUGGCAAGGGUAUCGGCACAUUUCAGAGGAGCAAAAUCCCUCUGAAGGGACUGCCUGGAUUCAGUGGUGAAGAUUAUGGUGGAAACCGAUUCGAAAAGAUGCGCGGGUAUACAACGGAAAGCGCAACUACUUUUCAUGAAUCACAUAGAGAUACAGGAAUAGAAAGGACUGGCAUUGUUAGGUUUGCGGACUCGAAACUCUGACAGAAAUCGCUUACUGAAUUGAUAAAGUCAAGCGGAUUCUGCAAAGAUAUCGACACAUGUACACUUCUCAGGCAUUGCGUAUACAAACAGAUCAACUUGAUGCUUCCCUUCGAUAUAAGGUCUCGGCUUGAGGGAACUUCAAUGCUUUUGAAUUUCAAUGCUGCGCGUUCAUCAUGUAAGUACAUGCUGCGUUUGUGCCUUUCCAGUUGAAAACUGUUGAUGAACACAAGAAGUUCUAACGAAAAACGCCGGAUGCGGAUCAUACAUAAGCGUAAAAAAGAGUGGACAUCUUCUUCUUCAAAAAUAUUGAUUGACUUUGAU